AUGAUGCCGCAGUUUCAAGACGCAUGGCCUGAAUGGCUCACGGGAGACUGGACGGCGGUUAAUGCAGCCGUCUCCUUUGAGAAUGUGGACAGGCUGCGAGCUGUUCUUGAAUUCAUAGUCAAUCCUCCGAAUCGUCAUGAGUCCCACAGGUCCACGGCCAUGCAGGCAGUAUCUGAGUUACUGAAUGUACAUCACGUACAACACCCUCUCCAUCAGGCUGUCCGCAGCGACAAUGUCGAGGCAGUGGAAAUCCUCGUGAAUCUGAAGAACUGGUUUUGGAACAGGCGACCGCCGCACGCGACAGACAACGACGACAAUCCCAUCGCGUACGAAGAACGCCAAUACAUCGAACAUCCUGAUCUUGUUGCCCUCGUCGAUGACGACAGGAGUCCGCUCCACCGCCUCCUCGAGAAGUUCUCGUUCUUCCGAGAACUGCGAUAUUGGCGGAAGGAUCCGCAUCCCUCCCUGCUGCCAAAGUACGAAGACGAGGAGACCGUGUUGGUGGAUGACGACAAAAUCAGACAUUGCCUGAAGGUCGUUACGGUUGCCUGA